AAACAGAGAGAGCUUGGGAUGGUGGUAUCUUUGGUAGUGAAAAUGAAAACAAGAAAAAGAGAAAAAGUGAGAUGAUCAUAAAAGUUGCUUUACUUUCUUUACCGUCAAUAUAUCCGGCGGGACCUUUUCACAAUUCCUCUCUGUCUUCUUCACUUUCUCUCUCUCUCUCUCUCUCUCUUUCUCAACCACCUCCUUCAUCCCUAACCUUCGGAUCUCGCAAUUUUCCUAAAUCUCUGCCGCCGACGACUUGCUUCUCAGAACAAGAACUCUAGUCAACCAUCGUUGUCGUACUUCGAUUUCGGACUGCUUACUCGAUCUUUGAUCUUUGCUUGUUUCGUGGAUUCGCGUGAGUUUUGUAUGUUCCACUGCUGAACUGUAUUGGUUUAAAUUUCUGGCGGCAAGUGAAAUUAUCCAAGAGCCGAAGGGGGAGGAAGAAUGUCAAGAGAUAAUAACAUAAUCAAAGCAGAUUCCAGCUGAAAUAUCGUGUUUUCUUCCAAAUCAUGAAGUCCCAACCCAAUGGAUAUAAUAUGGCUAGUUCAGGAGAAGGGGAUAGGACUAUAAUCAACUCAGAGUUAUGGCACGCUUGUGCGGGACCAUUGGUUGCAUUGCCUCCUGUUGGAAGCCUUGUAGUAUACUUUCCUCAAGGUCACAGUGAACAAGUUGCAGCGUCAAUGCAAAAGGAUACAAAUGGUAUCCCAAGCUAUCCUAACCUUCCUUCCAAGUUAAUAUGCAUGCUUCAUAAUGUCAUACUACAUGCUGAUCCAGAAACUGACGAGGUUUAUGCCCAAAUGACCCUCCAGCCUGUAAACAAAUAUGAUCAGGAGGCAUUACUUAUAUCUGACAUGGCCCUCAGGCAAAGCAGACAGCCGGCUGAGUUCUUCUGCAAAACACUAACUGCUAGUGACACAAGCACUCACGGUGGAUUUUCUGUUCCCCGUAGAGCAGCUGAGAAAAUCUUCCCACCUCUUGACUUUUCGAUGCAACCCCCUGCCCGAGAACUUAUUGCUCAUGACCUGCAUAAUCAGGCCUGGACCUUCAGGCAUGUCUAUCGAGGGCAGCCAAAAAGACACCUAUUGACUACUGGUUGGAGCAUUUUUGUUAGCUCUAAGCGACUCUUAGCUGGGGAUGCUGUUCUUUUUAUAAGGGAUGAAAAGUCUCAGCUUCUCUUGGGUACAAGGCGUGCUAAUAGACAGCAGCCUGCUCUUUCCUCUUCUGUCAUGUCCAGUGACAGCAUGCACAUAGGAAUCUUGGCUGCUGCAGCUCAUGCUGCUGCCAAUAAUAGUCCAUUUACUAUAUUCUAUAAUCCCAGGGCCAGCCCCUCGGAGUUCGUAAUUCCCCUUGCCAAGUACAACAAAGCGAUGUAUACACAGGUUUCUCCGGGAAUGCGUUUUAGAAUGGUGUUUGAGACUGAGGAAUCAGGUGUUCGCAGGUACAUGGGUACAGUUACUGGCAGUAGUGAUUUAGACGCUGUCCGAUGGAAAAACUCACAAUGGCGCAAUAUUCAGGUUGGAUGGGACGAAUCAACUGCUGGAGAACGACCUAACCGUGUUUCCGCUUGGGAUAUUGAGCCCGUUGUAACUCCUUUCUAUAUUUGUCCGCCUCCAUUUUUCAGACCCAAGAUGUCUAAACAGGGUUUGCCAGAGGAUAGCUUAGACAUGGACGCCGUCUUUAAGAGAGGCAUGCCUUGGCUUGAUGAUUUUGGCAUGAAAGAUGCCUCAAGCUCCAUCUUCCCUGGCUUGAAUCUAGUCCAAUGGAUGAACAUGCAACAACAAAAUCAUCGCUUCCCAAUCACACAAAACGGAAUCUUUCCCCCUUUGGUUUCUUCAGGUUCAUUACACGGAAACCUGAGCUGUGAUGAUCCUUCCAAGCUGUUGAGCUUUCAAUCUCCUUCUCUUCCCACACAAAAUAUCCAGUUCGGCAAGACUAAUGAACUGAACCAACAAGUUUUGCCUCAGUCUCAGCCUUCUCCGGCAUGGCCUCAGCUACAGCAGCAGCUGCAACUACAACAAUUGCUCCAGUCUUCUCUAAAUUCAAUGCCACAGCCCCAACACAUGCAACCACAACAACAACAACAACAGCAACAACAACAACAGCAGCAACAACAACAACAACAACAACAACAACAACAACAACAACAACAACAGCAACAACAACAACAACAACAACAGCAACAACAACAACAACAACAACAACAACAAAGGCCAGAUCAGCAGCCACAAGAACAGAUAACUGCACCAGCUUCAGUAAAUGGUAGUAUAAUCACUACCACCACCCAGGCCUUAAAUCAAAUAUUGCCACAACCAGCCAUAUACUCUCAACUGUCUCAGCCUCAACAAAGUAUCUUGUUAGAUAGGAGAAAUUCAUUUCAGCAGACAACCUUACCACCACCUGACCUGCAGAGGUCCCAGCAACAGCAGAUUGAGAUGCAACAAUCUGCGUUACAGUCAUUCCAAUCUAGUCUACUACAGACUCCUCAGGUGCAUCAAACAUUAAAUCGGAGUCUUUCAGAUCAUAAUCUUCAAAUGCAGCUGCUACAGAAAUUGCAGCAACAGCAGCAGCAACAACUGUUAUCACCAGUAAGCCCACGAAUGGAGCCGCAGCAAAUCAGGCAGUUGCAACAGCCACCAUUGUUGUCUCAGCCUCAACAACAGCCAAGCAAUGGCAACGGCAAUGGCUAUAGCAAUGGCAAUGUCAACGGCUAUAGCAAUGGCAAUGGCUUUUCCAACUCAGCAAUCAUGCAGUCACCUCAAUAUACCAUGAACCAGAUUCAGAGCCAACAAAAACCAGUUAGGGUUCACUCUAAUAGUACAGACGCAUCUGGUCCAUCAUGUUCAAACGCUCCCUCCACAAAACAUCUGGUAUCAUCGUCAAGUUUCCAGAGCAAGAAGCAGCAAAAACAGUCUGUAAUGGUGAGCGACUUUGUUGCUGAUCAAGAACUGCAAAGCAAACCUGAAAAUGGAAUAAAACAUGAUUCUUCUUCACUGGUACAACAACCAAAAUAUAAGAGUACCAUCACUGAUCAAUUGGAAGCCUCCUCAUCUGGAACCACCUCAUAUUGCAUGGAUAAUAACAGUGGCCUCCAACAUAAUUUCUCUCUCCCAAACUACUUUCUGGAUGGAGAUAUCCAGUCCCAAUGCAGGAAUAAUAUACCUUUUAUGUCUAAUGUUAUCGAUGGUUUGAUGCCUGACGCUAUAUUGUCAAGGGAAUCAGAUGUUGUUGGGAAGGACGUUCAGGAUUUGUUUUCCAAUUGUGUUCCCACCGGAGCCAGCAGGGAUAUCGAGACUGAGAUAUCAACUGCUACAAUCAACUCUCAGCAAUUUGGAAUGUCAAAUUUGCCUUUCAAACAAACAUGUUCCAGUGAUGUUCUAAUCAACGACACUGGCGUUUUGAGUAAUAAUGGGUUGUGGGCCAACCAGACUCCGCGAAUGCGAACCUACACAAAGGUCCAAAAAUGUGGAUCUGUGGGAAGAACCAUUGACGUGACCCGUUACAAAGGAUACGAUGAGCUCAGGAAUGAUCUAGCACGCAUGUUUGCCAUUGAAGGACAACUAGAAGAUUCACACAGAUCAGAAUGGCAACUUGUAUAUGUAGACCACGAAAAUGACAUAUUGCUUGUUGGAGACGACCCUUGGGGGGAAUUUGUGAGCUGCGUACAAAGUAUAAAGAUAUUGUCUGCUGCUGAGGUUCAACAAAUGAGCUUAAAUGGGGACCUUGGACAAGUUCCGGCCCCAAAACAAGCUUCAAGUGGAACAGACAGCAGGAAUGGAUGGAGAGCUCACUACGACGAUAGCUCUUCUUCAUUCAAUCGAUAGGACAGACAGAGUAUCGACUUCUAACAGAAGAAACCCGGGUGUGUUGUCUGUUUUUCAACUUCUUUAAUUAACACCUCCUUUCCUCUUUAAUCAGGUAUUUAUUUAAUCAACCUCCUUCCCAUUGAGUUGUAAAUUCUGAGAUGUGGAUGAAUUAGUAGAGUGUGAGUGAUACAAUUGGUUAGUGUAAUAUAUAACUAUAUGUGAUAAUAGAUAUCGUUGUAAGCUUUUUAGACCA